GUUACAGACCCCGGAAGACUGUGCUUCCACAAUCCAUUUCGUGGCAUUUACUGCUGUCGAAAACCAAGAAAUGCCACUUCCGUCCGUCGCUCCUACGAGUCCAUCAAGGACGCAGAGGAAUUACGGAGUAGAAAGCUAUAGAGUGGGGAGCUAUCACCCCACAGCGGUCAGGGUCCGGUUUCGCGAUCGCCCUCAGGUGGUUCACAAAUCUCGGCCACUGCACACACUCGAUGACAUGGCUGACUCAAAAACUCGAGCAAUAUGUCGCCAUCAAAGUGUGCUCUCCAACCUUCAACGGAGCCCGGACGCAAGCUUAGGGCGAACCAUGAUACUCAUGGUAUUAGAAAGGUUCGAUAUCUAGAAUCCGAAGGACACAAACAUGCCUGCUAUGUGAC